AUGGAGGUGUUUAAAAAGCUUCACAUCAACAUUCCAUUUGUAGAGGUGUUGGAGCCAAUGCCUUCAUAUGUCAAAUUUCUAAAAGACAUUUUAUCUAAGAAGAGGAGGUUGGGUGAACUUGAGAUAAUAGCAUUCAUUGAGGAGUGUAGUGUAAUCAUUCAAAAUAAACUCCCUCCCAAGCUUAAGGACCCAGGCAGUUUUACUAUUCCAUGUACAAUUGGUGCUUUAUUUUUUUCCAAGGCUUUGAGUGAUUUGGGAGUGAGUAUUAAUUUAAUGCUCUUCUUUAUUUACAACAAGUUGGGUUUAGGGGAGAUUAAGCCCAUUAUUGUGACUCUACAAUUGGCAUAUAAAACUCUCACAUAUUCAAGGGCCAUAAUGGAAAAUGUGCUUGUGAAGGUGGAUAAAUUCAAAUUCCCAGUAGAUUUCAUAGCACUUGACAUGGAGAAAGAUAGAAAGAUUCCUAUUAUCUUUGGGAGACCUUUCUUACGCACUACUAAAGCACACAUUAAUGUCGAAAAAAGAGAACUUACUUUGAGAGUACAAGAUCAAAUGGUAACAUUCAAUAUUUUUCAACCUUUAAAGUUUACUAUUGAUCAUGAUAAGUGUUUUGCAUUCACUGUGGUGGAUAAGGACACAAAUGAAAUGUUCAUGGAAAGUCAUUCUACUUACCCACUUGAAGCAUCAUUGCUUGCAAAAUUUGAGACAAAUAAUCAAGAUGUCAUAGAACGUGUUAAUGCAUUGAAUGCCCUAUCUUGUGUGUUGGGAACUGAAUUUGAGUUGUUAGAUUUGUCUAUCUCUUCAUUUUCACCAAUGAAGACUUCAAAUUGA